AUGUUCAGAAGAAACAAAGACAAAUCUAAAGAGUCAUCUUCAGUGGAUACCUCGAAAUUGAUUGAGGUGGAAACGCCAAUAGAGAAUGUUCCUGCCACGAUAACGCCUCCUAAACCUACCGAAUUAACUUCAGAGCAACAAGAGCUUUACGGGAAAGUUUUUGGCCACUUUAGCAACCCAGAACUGGUUGUUCCCACUCGUGAAAAAAAAGCUGGUGGUGACCAAACGUUGAAACCGCUAAGUCCGCAUGAAAAGGCGUGGUUGACCCGUGAAUGUUUUUUGAGAUAUCUGCGUGCUACAAAAUGGAAAUUGGAUGAUUGUAUCGAGAGAAUUUCGCUGUCUUUGGCCUGGAGACGUGAAUUUGGUAUUAGUGAAUUCGGUGAGGAAAACGGUGAUACUCUCACUGGAGAGACUGUGGCUAUCGAAGACGAAACUGGGAAGCAAGUUGUCUUGGGUUUCGAGAACGACGCACGUCCUAUCUUGUAUUUGAAACCGGGACGUCAAAACACGAAAACAUCUCACAGACAAGUGCAGCAUCUGGUGUACAUGCUCGAAAGAGUUAUCGAUUUUAUGCCUCCAGGUCAGGACUCGUUGGCCCUUUUGAUAGAUUUUAAGGAAUAUCCUGAUGUUCCAAAAGUUGCUGGAAACAGUAAGAUCCCACCUUUGGGUGUUGGUAAAGAAGUUUUGCAUAUUCUACAAACUCAUUAUCCAGAGCGUCUGGGCAAGGCGUUGCUGACUAACAUCCCUUGGCUCGCUUGGACUUUUUUGAAAAUGAUUCAUCCGUUCAUUGAUCCCUUGACGAGAGAAAAAUUGGUUUUCGAUGAACCUUUCCCCAAAUAUGUGCCAAAGGAUCAAUUAGAUAAGUUGUACGGUGGUUACCUUGAUUUCACCUACAAACAUGAUGUCUACUGGCCUAAAUUACUCGAAAUUACUGCUGAGAAAAGAGCACAUUACUUGCAGAGAUUCGAGAAAUUUGGAGCAACGGUAGGCUUGAGCGAAGUCGACCUUCGGGGUGAUCACGAUGAACAACGCUUCCCAAUUGAUGUGUAA